AUGACGAGUUUAAGCUACUGCUCCAACUGGGAAAUUAGUCAUGAUGAUCACUACCUUAACUUCAGCGAAACCUUGGACGCUUCUGGUCUUGUUAUGACGUCACCUCCUUUCUUCCCACGUCAGCAAACAUUAGUAGAUGACGACCAGCUUGACGCGCCGCCGCCGCCGGCGGAGCAUCUUUUCGGCUUCAACAACCGCAGUUUUCUUCUACCAGAGUCGUCGUCGGCGUUGUUUCCUUUUGAUCCUCUUUUCAACUCCGGCGAGUUCAUUUUCUCCGACAACUACGUUUCUCCGCCGCAGGCGGCGGCGGCGGAAUAUUCCUUUCCACAGGAACUCGAAUUCCAGGCGCAUCCGAAACGCCAGAAACUCUACCACGACAAUUUCGCACCGGAAAUUACUCAUAAUUGUUUCGGCGCCGCCUUAAUUCCGGACUUUUCUCUACUCCAAGAUUUGAAGCCUCCGGCGCCGCCUCCUUCGUCGUCAUUGGCGCGGGAGAGCCUUUUGCCGGAGCUCCCGAUCCCUGCGUAUUGUGAUGGCGGGGAGACUGAGGUGGCGGCGAAGAAGAACGAUAAUAGCGGAAAGUGCGGCGUGAAGACGCUGUCGGCUCAGAGCAUCGCGGCGAGGGAGAGGAGGAGGAGGAUCGCGGAGAAGACGCAGGAGCUGGGGAAGCUCAUUCCCGGCGGCCAGAAGAUGAACACCGCCGAGAUGUUUCAGGCCGGUUAUAAUUACAUCAAAUUCAUGCAAACUCAACUUUCAGUGCUUCAAUCCUGCCACCACUCAUCACAGGAAAGUGGGGAGACAUAUAUGAGUCAAGAACUGGAGACUCUCGUUGGGUCAGUGUUGAUUCAAGAAAAGUUGUACUCAAAUGACAAGUGUUUGGUUCCACAAAAGUUCAUUCAAUCACUACCAAAUGCCCAUCAGCUCGAUCAAGCCUCGCCCCCAAGCUUCGACACAAAAUUAAACUCCGAUCCAAUUAGCUAG